CUUUGACCCCCACAUCGCUGACGCAGGUUCGAGCCUUCGUCGGGAUGGCCUCGUAUUAUCGGAGGUUUAUGAAGGGAUUCACCGCGAUCGCUCAGCCCUUAACGAACCUGCUACGGAAAGACCAGCCCCUCAGUUGGGACGUGGAGUGCGAACGGGCCUUUGUCACUCUCAAGGAGACCCUGGCCACGACACCUAUUUUGAUCAUGUCGGACCCAAUGAAGCCAUUCAUCCUCAUCACGGACUGGCAGCCCGAGGCCAUCUCCGUUAUUUUGGCACAGAAAGGGAACGAGGGGCGGGAACACGUCAUCGAGUACGCCUCCCGUACCAUACCCGACGAACGAAGGAAUGAUUCGGCCUCGCAAGGAGAAUGCUACGCGGUGGUUUGGGGGAUCCAGCACUUCCAUCCGUAUCUCUAUGGACAUAGGUUUCUCCUUAUUACGGAUCACGAGCCGGUAUUCGCCCUUAAGAGGCUCACAAAUUACACGGGCAUGAUUGGAUGGUGGGCGGUGCGGCUACAGGAGUACGAUUUCGACAUCAUCCAUCGAAAGACAGAGAGGCACGGGAGCGCGGACGGGUUGACGCGACUGCAUCGUCUAACGAAGGUCGCCAAGGUCGAGAUCGAGCUGAUAUGGACUCAGGACAGUGAGCACCGUGCUGAGAGCGAAAGUGUGGAGCUGCUUGUUAUCCAAGCCUGGAGAUCAGAGGUGGAGGGAGACCUUCUCGGAUUCAUCUUCGGAACGGUGGACCCAGGACAUUGGCAAACGAUCGCGCGGGAGCUCUUGGUCCCCUUCGUGCAGCUGCUUGACGAUCUUCUGAUCGACAUCAUCUCGCAUUGUGACGAGAAUCCGGCACCGCACGUACUUUCACGGAGUUUAACACCAUAUUUACAAUGGUCGGCUUGUCUGGAGGAGCGCGAGGGAGGUGGUAGCUACCCAUCACGCGUGGAGUAUCUGAACCCCCGAGGGAUAAUCGACGUCCUUUUCUUUCAGCUUCGAACGACGUUGGAGGAGGAAGCGGUGGCAGAGGAAGCGGAGGUGGAGGACGAAAGCGAGGAAGGGACCUCUGAGGAAGAGAGAAGCUAUAGCGAAUACAGCGAGGGAUCCUGCAGCAGCCGCGCGAAGGAGGGAAGAGAUAGCGGCAGGGAAGCGGUCGUUGGAGCAUUCCAGCGGCACUAAUUUGCCAAUCCCAUACGACCCGACCAGAGAUCCCGAGCCACCCUCAAUUGAGGAUGAGCUCCCUCCUGCGGAGACCUCGAGCGCGCCGGCGU